GUUAGCAAUGAUCCUAAACUUUUGGAAGGUGCAAAAAUGGAACUUGUUCAUUCACUUAGAACUCACCAUGGUGCCGAUGAUAGCGCGUAUAAGCUGCAUUUCAGGAGGAAGAUGAUAAAGGUAUUACUGGUGUGUCACUUACCAAGGAUCUGAUAAGAGUGGCAGGGCUGAACCCAUCAAAAUACUCGCACCACGUGUCCUUGCAAUAACCCAACUCACAAAUUACGCGUACUCAAUAGUCAUGUCUACAAUAUUAUCCCAAGGCAAAUUCAAGCCAGUGGUUCCUGAUUAUACAACAGCAUUCGAACACUUAUGUAUACACACAGGUGGCAAGGCAGUAAUAGAGCAAGUUGGUCGAGUUUUAAAAUUGAACGAUGAAGUGACAAAGCCAGCAAGAAUGACUUUGAACAGAUUUGGUAACACGUCUAGUAACUUAGUGUUUUAUGAGUUGGCUUAUUUUGAAGCAAAAAAAAGAGUGAAAAAAGGAGACAGGAUGUGGAUGAUUGCGUUUGGGAGUUUGGUGUGGAAGUGGAUUCAAGAUUCAACUGAUCAAGAUUCUGAUAACCCUUGGAAUGACUGCAUAGAUAAUUAUCCAUUGAAGGCUUGGUGAAUUUAAUACUUUGGCCAAUUAAGAAAAUUGUGGUGCAGAAAAAGAGAACUUCCCAUAUAUGCAUUAUUAUUAAUUAGUAGCUUAUAGCAAAGGAAUAGCAAAAGAAUUUUCUUGGGGCACCAUAUAUAUGUGCAUGCAUGUAUAUUGAUCAUUUGAAGAUACUGAAGAGCUCAUUUGUUUCCCAAAGAAAAAGGGAAAUAAAAUAAUAUAAUAAAUUCUCAUUACUGUUUCUUUAAUUUUCUCAAUAUUUAUAUAUCUAUAUUUACUGAUUGGUGUUAGUAGGACAUGUUUAAUUUUUAUUACACCAAUAUAAUGUAAAUCUUCCAGUACUAUUAGUUGAUCAUUUGAAAACUAAGGUGUAACUGGC